UUCUGUGCCUGGGAAGCAGUCAAAGCCGGCUUAAUCGUGAUACGGUGAUAUCAAACAGAACAAAAAUGCAAUCAUCAAAUACGUCUUCAGCCUCAGAUGCUGGUCAAAAGAGGAAAUACGUUUCUGAAGAUAUGACAAUUGGAUUUAUAGGGGCUGGCAGAAUGGCACAAGCAAUGACAAAAGGAUUUAUUACAACAGGUAUUAUCAGACCACAGAACAUUACAGCAAGUGAUGCAGACCCCAGAAUGUUACAAUUUAUUAAGGAAUUUGGGGUAAAAACUGCACAAGAGAAUAAAGAAGUUGUGGAUAAGAGUAAAGUGGUGGUUAUAGCAGUCAAACCGAACGUUGUCACUAAAAUACUCAAGGAGGUUAAAGAACAUGUGUCAAAGGACAAAAUAGUUGUAUCAAUAGCAGCAGGAGUUCCCUUGUCUACAUUUGAACAGAACUUACCCCCUGGUUCCAGAGUUGUAAGAGUUAUGCCGAACAUUACUGUCACUGUACAAGCAGCAGCCUCAGUGAUAGCACCCGGUACCAGUGUCCAGCUAAACGAUAGUGAACUUGUCAGGGAACUGUUUCAAAGUAUAGGGAUAUGUGAAAUUGGAACUGAGAAUCUAUUAGAUGCAGUGACAGGCCUGAGUGGAAGUGGACCUGCAUAUGGAUUUAUUGCAAUAGAAUCUUUAGCUGAUGGUGGUGUAAACAUGGGACUCCCACGGGAUUUAGCAUUGAAACUAGCCGCUCAGACUUUAUUGGGGGCUGCUAAAAUGGUUCUAGAAUCAGGUAAACAUCCAGGCCAGCUGAAGGAUGAUGUCUGCUCACCAGGGGGAACCACUAUAGCUGCAGUACAAUCUCUUGAGAAGUCUGGAUUUAGAGCAUGUUUAAUUGAUGCUGUUGAAGCAGCAACAUUAAAAGCACAAGAACUUGGAUCUAAAAACAAAUAACAGUGUUUAUUUUCUUAUAAUAUACUGUAUUUUAAUCUGGAACUAACAUAAUAAGUAAACUUUAACAAGACUUAACUAAAUUGAAAUCCUCAUUUUUGUCGUGCCUGCGACUUUUGUCACAGAAAGCUCGACUUAGGGAUAGUGCUCCGGCGGCGACAGCGGUGUUAGCUUACUUUUUAAAAGCUUUAUAUUUUAGAAGGUGGAAGACCUGGAUUCUUCAUACUUUGUAUAUAGAUGCCUUAUGUUACGAAGUUUCUGUCUGUCACAUAUCCAUUGUCCUUGACCUCAUUUUCAUGGUUCAGUGACUACUUGAAAAAAAAGUUUGGUAUGUGCGUACCUAUCGAGGUCCUCAUUCCCGUCAGACAGUUUUCACUUGACCUCGACCUCAUUUCAUGGAUCUGUGAACAAGGUUAAGUUUUGGUGGUCAAGUCCAUAUCUCAGAUACUAUAAGCAAUAGGUCUAGUGUAUUUGGUGUAUGGAAGGAUUGUAAGGUGUACAUGUCCAACUGGCAGGUGUCAUCUGACCUUGACCUCAUUUUCAUGGUUCAGUGACUACUUGAAAAAAAGUUGUGAUUUUUUGUAAUGUUAAUUUCUCUCUUAUUAUGAGUAAUAGGAUAACUAUUUUUGGUAUGUGCGUACCUAUCAAGGUCCUCAUGCCCGUCAGACAGUUUUCACUUGACCUCGACCUCAUUUCAUGGAUCAGUGAACAAGGUUAAGUUUUGGUGGUCAAGUCCAUAUCUCAGAUACUAUAAGCAAUAGGUCUAGUAUAUUCUGUGUAUGGAAGGACUGUAAGGUGUACAUGUCCAACUGGCAGGUGUCAUCUGACCUUGACCUCAUUUUCAUGGUUCAGUGGUUAUAGUUAAGUUUUUGUGUUUUGGUCUGUUUUUCUUAUACUGUAUGGAAUAGGUCUACUAUAUUUGGUGUAUGGAAUGAUUGUAAGGUGUACAUGUCUAGCUGGCAGGUGUCAUCUGACCUUGAACUCAUUUUCAUGGUUCAAUGGUCAAAGUUAAGUUUUUGAGUUUUGGUCUUUUUUUCUAAUACUAUAUGCAAUAGUUCAACUAUAUUUGGUGUAUGGAAAUAUUUUAUGAUCUAUUUGUCAGUCACGCAGGUUUUUUUCUACCUUGACCUCAUUUUCAAGGUUCAUUGCUCAGUGUUAAGUUUUUGUGUUUUGGUCUGUUUUACUUAAACUAAAAGCAAUAGGUCAACUUUAUUUGUUGUAUGGAAGAAUUGUUAGCUGUAUAUGCCUGCCUAGCAUGGUUCAUCUGACCUUGACCUCAUUUUCAUGGUUCAUUGGUCAAUGUUAGUUUACUUGGUUAAUAAUAAGUUUAUGUGACAGUUGUAAUAAAGCUUUAUAUUUAGGACUAUCAACAUAAUAUCAAUGAUUAGUAAAGAAGGCGAGACAUUUCAGCGUGUGCACUCUUGU